CACCUGCUGCCUGGCCGUGGGGUGCUGGCUGCGUCGGCUUGCCUGUGGGAGCAGGCAGGGCUGUGGGCUCCUGCCUGCAGGGUUAGCUGCUCCAGACGUGCUGCCACACGCUGCCUGAUUUCAGCUGUGCUUGCUCCCUUUGUGGUGGUGGGGGCUUUGAAUGUGAAAAAGCAAAGGAAUUGGGGAAGAGGAGCCCAGCCGCUGCCUUGGCUGUGCCAGGGUUACACUGGGAAGUGCGGGGAGCCCUCCCAGCAGCACCUGGAAGAAGAGACAAAGCGGCUGCUGGAGCCGACAGCCAGCCCUCCCAACAAGGUGCUGAACGGAGCGGAGCAGAGCUACCACAACCUCCCAUCGGCACGCACCGACGAGCAGGCCAUGCUGUCCUCCAUCCUUGCCAAAACAGCCAUCAACAUCAUCGAUGUGUCGGCAGCAGAUUCCCAGGGCAUGGAGCAGCACGAGUACAUGGACAGAGCCAGGCAGUACAGCACGCGCCUGGCCAUGCUGAGCAACAACCUAACGCACUGGAAGAAGCUCCCGCUGCUGCCGUCUCUGACCAACCAACCGCACCAAGUGCUCGCCAGUGACCCCGUCCCCUUCGCAGACCUGCAGCAGGUGUCCCGGAUAGCUGCCUACGCCUUCAGCGCGCUCUCACAGAUCCGCGUCGAUGCCAAAGAAGAACUGGUUGUACAGUUUGGCAUCCCCUGAGCCCGCCCCGCGGCACCACAGCUUCACCGGUUUUGGGUUGUUUUUUGUUUUGUUUUGUUUUUUCCUACCCCUCCCCCCUUUUUUUGGUCUUUAUUUCUCCUCCCCUCCCUCCCCACGGCGCCGCGACAGAACUUGUACAGACACCCGGUUUCCUACUAAUUGCCAAGAUGCCUGUUGCCGGCGCUUCAACCCUGCUGCGAUAGCUGCUGGCGCUGCUCGGAGGCUUUCUCCUCCUGCUGGGUGGGUGUGUGUGGGGAGGGGCUGCGUUUUGCCGGACGCUGCCUUGCACAGGGAUGACCACAAAGGGAACGCCGGUGUGGGGAGGCCCCAGUGUGUGCCGGGUCACUGGGAAGGGUAGGCUGGAACCAGGUGGUGCCGGAGUCGGGCUGCAGCGGAUGUGACUCUCUGCGUGGGACCCGGUGGCUUCUGACACCCUCCCCACUCAUUUUUACAUGU